CAGUUCGCAAAUGUAAACCGCAAACAGCUCCGGUCCUGACCUCGCCAUCGCCAUCUCUCCAGUCUCCACCAAAUCGGCAAAUCUUCCCCCAUCUUCUCGGCCAUGGCGUCCGCGGCGGCGGAGAAGGGGAAGGCUCCGGCCGACACAGAGCAGACGGCGGCGGCGACCGCCGCGCGGCUCGCGGCGGAGUGGACCACGUGGGCGAUGAAGAACGCGAAGGUAGUGGCCCACUACGGAUUCAUCCCGCUCGUCAUCCUCAUCGGCAUGAACUCCGAGCCCAAGCCCCGCCUCGCCCAGCUCCUCUCCCCAAUCUAGGGGUCCUAGCUCAAUUCUCGCCAGCUGCUAUUCGGCUGUUCCUCACCACGACCCGCGUGGAUGCGCGUCUAUUGGAUACGGCAACCUGUAUUGCAUUUCUUCUACAUAAUUUUAGUUCCUUUCUGUUUGAAUGUUUGUUAAUUUUGGGUCUCCCCAAAUAGCUACUGAUGAGAGUUAAGACUUUGAGUUGCAAUUAAUUACAAAUACUGGUAUUAUAUGUGUGUUACGGUGUAGUUUACUUUGGUGAACCUGUUAUUGUGUUAUACAACAGUCUACAUUGCGAGCUUAAUGGAUCACUGCAUUUUACUUA